GCAACUGGUAGUUCUGCAUCAUCUUUUGCGAUUACUGAAUCUGAACGAAGUGCUUCCGAUGCUCCUGAAGCAGGUGGCUUCCGUGUGCGUCUCAACCCUAACGAAGGAACUACUCUAAAGGGUGCUCGCUACAAGUAUGUCCAACAGAGGGCCGCUGCUGGUAUGGGGGAGAAGAUGGUCGGCGAGGCGAUGUCAUCUGACGCAGAGAGCACGCCGAUUACGCUCACUAUUCAGGGACUGUCAGCCGGUACACAUACUCUUACGACCUGGCAUAAUGCUCCUCAUAGCCUGGCUUCCACUGCCGCCUUAACCAUCUCUGUGAAAGGAAGCGACGUUGUAUCGAAUCUGGCCCAGAGCAUUCGUCAAGACAACUUGUGGGAUUCUUCAUCCUCCUAUCUAACCUUUGAUGUGGCUUCCACUACUGAGGAAGUCAAGAUAAUAUACACGCCAGACUCUGGUGGCGACAAAAGAGCAUACCUGAACGGGUUCGAGAUCGACAAAGCCGAUGUAAAGACUCAGAUUCAAUUCCCAUACCCUUUGCAUUUGGAUGAACAUGUCGACUUGGAGGGCAAGACAAGUACCAGCGUUUCAUGGAAAGCGGCCAAGUCAGCAACAUCGCCUUCCUAUAACACAUAUCUUGGAACCGAAACCGGGAAUCUCAAGCUGGUUGAAUCAGGCACCUCAACCUCUACCACGUUCUCAGGCCUGAACACCGAUGACUACUAUUACUGGCGAGUCGAUGUCGUCUCAAAUGAUAAAACGUUCAUUGGCCGAGAAAACAUGUUCCGCGUUGCACAUUUGGCUUUUCCCGGAGCAGAGGGCCACGGUCGAUUUGCACGUGGUGGAAGAGGGGGGAAAGUUAUCAAGGUGACAACCCUGGCGGAUGGGACAGAGCCUGGAACUCUCAGAUACGCCUUGUCUGUGGCUACGGGCCCACGAACUGUAAUCUUUGAUGUCGGCGGAGUCAUUACGACAACAUCUCGUCUGACUGUUAGUGAUAAGUAUGUCACAGUGGCUGCUCAAACUGCGCCUGGAAAGGGUAUUGUUAUCCAAGGAAUGCCCGUUGGCCUCAGUGGAGCAUCUGAUAACAUCUGGAGACACAUGCGAGUUAGACCUGGGAAGGUUUCUGGUGAGACCAUUGACGGUAUGGGAAUGGCUGGUAGCAAUUACGCCAUCUUUGAUCGCUGUUCUGUGGGCUGGACAAUCGACGAAAGCUUUUCGUCCCGUAGCGCCAACAACAUCACGCUGCAGAGGACUUUGAUAUCAGAGCCCCUUAAUGUGGCUGGCCAUAAGAACUACCCUCCUGGCACUGCGCACGGCUAUUCCGCUUCUGUGGGUGGCAACAUCGGAUCAUUCCACCAUAACCUUCUCGCCCACGCUGAAGGUCGAAGCUGGUCCAUGGCUGGAGGGCUGGAUGAUGCAGCCUACUUCAACGGGCGUCUCGACUUCCGAAACAAUGUCGUGUAUAAUUUCGGCCACCGAGUGACAGACGGCGGAGCACACCAAGUCAACUUUGUCAGCAACUACUACAAACCAGGACCAGCAACUAGCAGCAGCAUGACAUACGACCUGGAGGGCACCUACGAGGAUGAUGCUCCAGGUACACAGACAUAUUACUGCUCGGGCAAUUCGAUGCCUGGCGUCUUCACACAAGAUUCGACUCAGUACGUAGGUGACGGCACUGGCCAGACAUCAAACAUUGCAUGCAGAGCUGUGAUCAAGUUCAGUCCUGGACCAACCUACCAGAAAUUCUAUGACAAUGAAUUCUUCAAACCACACGUGGAGACGCAGACGUCGACUGAGGCCUACAAACGCGUGCUCUCCGACGUGGGCGCCCAACAACCAGUAUUUGACGACCACGACACUCGCAUCAUCCAGGAGACACUCAACGGAUCAUACACGUACACCGGAAGCGUAGGAAAUACAAAGGGUAUCAUCGAUGACCCGGCAGAUGCUGGCGGACUAGAGGAUUUCCCAUCUGUGACUCGGGAUUCGUCGUGGGAUAGUGACAAUGAUGGCAUCGCCGACUGGUGGGACGGAUCAACCGGAGGAGAGGGAUACACACCGCUGGAAGGAUACAUCAACUUCAUGGCUGAGCCUCACGUGUAUGUGUCGCCAUCGAAGACUGUCACGAUCAAUCUCGCUGCGCUGGCUUCAGGCUUCUCAUCCCCAUCAUUCAGUGUUUCCGGACCAACCAAAGGCUCAGUCUCACUCAACGGUUCCGAGGCGUCAUACUCAGCCGGCGCAUCCGCCGGUAUUGAUUAUGUUACAGUCGACAUCAAAGACGGCGAAGGCAGCACCUGGUCCAGGAAGGUGGGAAUCGCCAUAUACGAGGGCGCAAAUUAG